AUGUCAACAGAAAAUGUAACAACAGUGACUGCAAAGCCGGGAUCAGGAACAGCUCAAACUCCCAUUUCUCAAGAAAGUAAAACAGACUGUGAGUACAAAUCAGAAUUAGGAAUAGACAAAAAUAAAGUAACAGAAGUACAAGUUAAAUGUGAAAAGGACAUCCCAGAGGCUGGAAAAUAUACAGAAGAGAGUGUCCAGACUGGUAAAGAAACUGAAUUUGUUGACAGAUCUCACACUGCUCCAGAAACAUCUGACCAGUUUUCAAAAGAUGAUAAAAGUGCUUUACAAGAGUUGGAAGCCAAAGAAGUUCAAAAGGAGGCAGGAAAUGAACCACUUCCAGACAGCCCUUCUCUUGAGGCUAUUGCUGAAGCAGUAGCUGCUGCAACUACUCGUGCUGCUCUUGAUCUGCUUGCAACCACCAACUCAGAUACUCUUAUUAAACCUCAGGAAGUUCAGGAGGCUGCAAGUAGCCCCAGCAUCUCAUCUCUACCAAAGACUGCUGACACUAAAGUCGUUCCUAGUGAGCUAGGAGAAGAGGCCAGAAAGCCAAGUGAACAAGUGACAGAAGCAUCAAGAUCUCAAACCCAAAGUGAUGCGUCACAGCCCACCACAGUAUAUGUAGCCACUGUUACACAUACACCUUCACCAUCUCCCACAUCCACACCAGAAAAAGAAAAAACUCAGGAGUCUGUAGAGGCUGACUUGAUGAAGGCAUCAGUGCCCCAAGGUGAAAUUCCAGCUGAAACUAGUAAAACUGAUGCAGCCUCUCCAGUGCCUAUUUCUCAGGAUGUAGUUGUAACAAAGACAGUAGAAGCUGCUCUUGCUGAGGCAGCAGAAGAAGUAUGUGAUAUAAAUACAAACAAAGACACCAAGCAUCAGGAUACUACUGCCACCCAGGACCACCAAGGAGUCGCCACUGUUAGCCCAUACAGCUGUGAUCAACAGUUGUACAUUGUGCAGAUUGCCAUUCUUUUACAGCCAGUGCAACACAUGUCUCCAGCUGGCUUAUCUGUUCAGACUCUGGAGCUGAUGUCAUUAGUGUAUUCCAACGAAGAUAGUCCGACAUCGAGCAAAGGAUCGAGUCCAGACAUGGAAGAAUACGAAGUUAUAAAUAAAGAUGAAGAUACUGCUCACAAACUCAGAACACAGAGAGAAACUUCUGGUGGAGAACCUGUCGUUGAUAAAGUAAAGGCAGCUGAGUCAACAGAAGUAUCGAGUCAAGCAGCCCAGCUUCACACGGAUGAAGAAGACCAGGGGAAAGAUUCUACGCCUUGCCCUGUUGACGAUUCCUCUGCCAAGGCCACAGAUCCACAAGCAACUGUUUGCAUGCCAAGUGAAUCUCUUGUAGCAGAGGAAGGCCAGACUGACAUUGACAGUUCGACCUUGAAAGAAAGUGUCAGCUCAGAUAAUGCUGACAGCGAGUAG